AAUCGAACUUGCGUUCAUUUAACGGUGAAUCCUAUUCUCGUGUAAUUAUGAAAGGUGUUUCAACAAGGAAUUACAAAGCGAAUCACAGAGGUGCGAUGAAGUUUGGUAAAUGUUUAUCAUGUGGAAAGUUUCAUCCUCGUAAUUCAUGUGCAUUUCGUAAUGCUAAAUGUUUUAAAUGUGGUAAGAUAGGACACAUUCAGUCAGUAUGCAAAGCUACUGUCCAUUUUGCUUCAACGAUCAUUUAUCUUUGUCUACUAUUUCGAAAGUUAAUGCUCAUAUACAUCGCUUGGUUCAUUUCAUGACUUUAUUGUGGACACAGGCAGUAUAGAGUCCAUUAUUGCAUUCAAGAACUUGAAAUUCUUAGAUCCUAACGUUGUAGUACGACCCACUGAAGUAUCAAUAUUGGGGGUUACUGGACACAGACUGCCCAUACGAGGAUGCUGUGAAUUGCUAAUAAGAGAUGAUAAUUCUUCAUACAUACCUUGUGAAUUUUUAGUUAGCAAAACAGGACUGUCAAUAUUAGGUUUAAAGAAUUUGAAAAGGCUUAAAGUGGAGUUGUCCUCCCUAGAUUCUAAGGAGAAUUCUGAUACUUUACUUAAAGAUUUGAUAGCUAGGUGUGCUAAGUGCAGUGGAGGUUUGAAAAUUCAGCCUGUAAAACUUCAAGUACAGGGUGAUCCAGUUUUUCUUAAAAGACGAAUAAUUCCUUAUGGUCUUCGAGAAGCAGUACAUAAGAAAUUAAACGAUUUGUGUGCGAAAGGCAUAAUUGAACCAAUUCAGUCUUCAGCAUGGGGUACUCCUAUCGUUACGCCACUGAAGUCGGACGGCAAGACCCCUAGAAUUUGUGGUGACUAUAGAUUAACUCUGAAUUCCCGUUUGUUGAAGCAAACGUGCACGACGGUGGAGGCUGAAGAUAUUCUAAAUUGACUUCAUGGUUCUAAAGUGUUCUCGAAAGUUGACCUAAAAGAUGCAUAUCUUCAAAUUCCUUUAGAUCAAUCUUCAUCUAUUUUGACGACAAUUAACACUCCGUUUGGUCUGUUCAAAUGCAAUUUUCUUCCAUUUGGUCUAAGUUGUUCUCCAGCCAUAUUUCAGGAAGUUAUGAAUAAAGUAGUUAGUGAUCUUGAAGGUGUUGAAGUUUAUCAAGAUGAUCUCAUUGUUCAUGGUUCUAAUAAGGUAGUUCAUGACCAGAGACUUAUUGCUUUAUUGCGUCGUUUAAUUGAGAAGAAUAUUACAGUGAAUCCAAAUAAGUGUUCGUUUUGUGUAUCUAGUUUUGAAUGCCUUGGAUAUCUAGUUGAUGGUAAUGGUUUUAGACCAGAUAUGAAACGACUAGCUCCGCUGACAAAUGCCCCGUCUCCAAAAAAUCUUACGGAAUUACGUUCACUGGUGGGUGCUCUUCAAUACUAUUCCCGUUUUAUUCCUAAUUUUUCUUGUCGUGCAAAUUGUUUAUUUGAUAUUUUGACAUCCAAUUCAUUCAAAUGGAGUGAUGAACUAGAGUCAUGCUUACGUAAUCUACUAAAGGUUCUUCAAAGUGAUGCUGUUCUUCGAACGUACUCCCCUAGUGUACAUUCUGUGCUUAUUACUGAUGCAUCAACUGUGGGAAUUGGUGGAGUUUUGGAACAGAAAGGUAGACCAGUUAUUUGUGUUUCACGCAAAUUCACUGUUACUGAACAAGGUUAUUCACAGACUCAGCGAGAAGCAUUAGCUGUGUUUUGGGCUGUUAAAAGACUUCAUAAAUAUUUAUUCGGAAAGAAAUUCACUAUUGUUACUGAUCAUGAAGCUUUAAAGUUUAUUUAUCAUCCUGAAAAAUCCUUAGCACGUUCCUCAGCUGCUAUGGUUCAACGAUGGAGUAUUGCUUUGAGUGCAUAUAACUAUACGGUUCAGCACAGAAGUGCCAAACAAAUUCAACAUGUUGACCACAUUUCUCGACAGUCAUUACAAGAUAAACCUAUUAAUACUUCGGAUUGUUUGUUAGUGCAACCUUUACCAGUGAGACGUCCAGAUUUCAUUAGAAAAACUCGUAGAUACUUUGGAUGUAUACUCAGUGCUAUACGGAAAGGUUGGAAUUCUAAUAUGAAACGUAGAUUUCGUGUCUAUUUUUCAAAGAAGGAUGAGCUAUCUACUACUCCUGAUGGUAUUCUGUGUUUAAAUGAUCGUGUUGUCAUUCCUCCUUCAUUGCGUAAAUCUGUUCUUGAAGAUCUUCAUAGUGGUCAUUUAGGUGUUGAGAAAAUGAAGUCCUUGGCAAGGCUCACAUGUUGGUGGCCAGAGAUAAAUGCAGAUAUAUGUCGUACAGCGAACAAUUGUGAGAAAUGUCAUCAAAUGAAAAGUCAUCCUUCGAAGUGGACGCCAUGGCCAGUAUCGUCUGAGGCCUGGCAGAGAAUUCAUGCUGACUAUUUUGGUCCGUUUCUUGGUAAAUACUAUGCACUAGUAGUUAUUGAUUCUUUUUCAAAAUGGCCUGAAGUUUUUUUACAACUUCACCUAAUUCUGACUUCACAAUCCAAGCAUUAAGAAAGGUGUUUAGUCGAGAAGGGGUUCCUAUGGUGUUAGUGACUGAUAAUGGUUCUCACUUUGCUGCAGAUGCGGUCACUAACUGGUUGAACGGUAUAGGGUGCAAACAUCUGUUUACUGCUCCCAGACAUCCGUGUUCUAAUGGUCAGGCAGAGAAUUUUGUCAGGACAUUAAAGACUGCUAUUGAUUCUAUAGCCGCCUCAACAUUUAAUGAGCUGGAGAGGGGAGUAGAUACCUUUCUAUUGCAAUAUAGAAAUGCCAGACAUUCGGUGACGAAGGAGACUCCAGCGAAGCUAUUGAAAGGAAGAAUUCUUCGGUCGAAUAUGAGAUGUUUGGAGUCUGCAGAAGUUACAUACUAUCGGGGAAAUGAUCUUCGACCAUCUACGGGUAUUGUUCUGAAGAAUGUCGGAAAAUCGAUGGUGCGAAUUCUAGACAUCAAUGAUUUAAGUACACACAGUCGACAUGUUGAUCAAAUACAAUUUCAGGAACCAGGUGAGUCUGUUCCAAUUUCCGUUGUUAAUUCUAAUACUAAUGAGCGAAUUCUAGAUAAUACAGAAUCCUUUUCGAAUAUAAUGGCAGACAGACCCAGGAUGAAUUUGAAAAGAAGACGUACGAUUGAUUACAAACACCUAGACUCCAACUUAAGCUGUGGCGGAUGUGGUGUUUGAACGAACUAAUGAUACUAUUGUACUUGUUGAUUGUACGAUUUCGAAUUCCAAAUACAGUACAUUCGGUUGUG